CGUAAAACGAGUACCCGCUCAGAGGGUGUGUCUUCGCACACAGAGAAAGAACCGUAUUGUAGCCUGCAUUCAUAGUCAAUGUGGGGCUGCUGCUCUGUGCGAACGGGAUCGCUCUCCUACUGCUUUUUUGGGUUCUGCUACAUGAAACACGUUUUUUUUCUCUAAGUAGAAGAGACAGUGCGUUUUCAUUGAGUGAGGUUUGUAUCUGGAACGACUUUUGUGAGGGAGAGAAGUUUGUACACGGUAUUUAUGUUUCGUUUAUUUAUUUUCUGUUAUUGCACCGCGCGUCACUCUUCCCCUGUCACUUGGGGAAACAGUCUUUGCUAGGGUUGGGAGUUCGUCUGCAAGACCCUAAAGUUUAGGUUGUCGCCAUGGGGGAUGUCGUUUCUUCACACCUGGAUGAAAGCAAGAGGCAGAUGAUUGCGGGCCGGACGCGGGCGGUCCUGGAGGACUUCAGCCGCCUGUACGAGCAGCAGUACGCCGUGGCCCUCUUCAACAAGGUGCGCUUCGACAUCGAGGGCAGCUGUGGACCGCAGUCACAACUGCUGCACCGCAAGGACCCACUGCAGGAUAGGAACAUCUUCUCUGGGAACCUGUUCCACUAUCUGGACAACAAAAAAUGGAGGCACCGCUUCUUAUACAUCCCAGACUCGUACAACGUCUACUACUACGACAACAAGAUGGCCCAUGAGAGGGGACUGCACCCCAAGGGCAUCAUUAACUGUGCCGGCUACCGAGCCCUGACCUCUGUGGACGAGUAUCUGGAGCUCAUCGGCAACAGCCUGCCAGAUGUGAAAGCCAAAGCCAGCACGUCUCCGUUCCUGAAGUGUGCGACUCCGUACUGCAUCAUGCUGUGGCACCCGUACGGCCGGCAUCACUACUUUGGCAUGAUGACGGAGAAGGAGCGGUCCAAGUGGCACGCCGUCUUCCAGGACUGCAUCCGGCACACGAACAACAAUCUGUCGGAGGAAGACAAGGUGCAGACUCCGGCCUUCACAGACGCAGUGCGACUCUACCGCCAGGCGCACGGACAGUACGGAACCUGGGACAUGAUGUGUGGGGAGCCCCCACAGAUCCUGGCCAAUCUGGUGAUGGAGAGCCUGCACCCGGAGCUGAGGGACCUGAUUGGCCCUCGCCUGAGGGGCAAAAUGCAACAGAGGCAGAAGUCCUGGAUUCUGAUCUCGGACGCGGUGUAUAAGAUGGUGCUGGCACAGACGCGGGCGCAGUACGAGGCCACCGUGCAGAUCUGUGAGUCACAGCGCCCCCGUCUGGAGGCCUCCCUGCGCACAGACAUGGACCAGAUCAUCAGCUCCAAGGAGCACGUCUCCGGAAAGAUCCGCGGCAUGGUUCAGCCCAAGGUGGAACAGCUCCUGAAGCUGAGCGUUCGGCCCUACAUCAGCUCCAUCCUGGAGGCCCUGAUGGCGCCCACCAGCAACGGGUUCUCCGAGGUGCGGGACGUCUUCUCAAACGAACUGGGGGACAUGAGCAAAAACAUCCUCAACGACGCGAGCAAGGACCAGCUGGGGGAGCACAUGGAGAAGAUCUCCAUGCUGGCGUUCCACCCGGUGAAGAUGCAGGGCUGCUAUGAAGAGGUGGAGAAGAUGCAGCUGGAGGGUCUGCAGGAGCGCUUCGAUGUAUCCAGCCCCGCCGUCUUCAUCCAGAGAGCGCAGAUCCUCAUGAGAGGGCAAAUGGACAAUGCGGUGUACACCUUCGAGCAGCUCCUGCACCAGAACCUGGAGAGCACGGAGCGGGAGCACGUGUGCAAGGCUGCCCAGCGCUGCCAGGACAGGGUCAUUAAGAAAUUUGACUAUGACAGCAGCACGGUGCGUAAGAAGUUCUUCAGAGAGGCCCUGCUGCAGAUCCUCAUCCCCUACCUGCUGAAGCGCCUGUCUCCGUCCUGCAAAGGGGAUCUGCCUCGCUUUCAGGAGAUGAUCUUUGAGGACUUCUCUCAGUUCAUCCUGGUGGAGAAUGUGUUUGAGGAGGUGGUGCUCCAGUCUGUAACGAAGGACAUCACUAUGGCCGUGAAGGAGGUGGCGGUCCAGAGGAGACAUAACCUCUUCCGGGACAGCAUCGUUCUGAAGGGCAGCGACCUCAACCUGCACCAGUUGGCGGACAAACCGGCCGUGGACUGGGCGGAGCAGUAUGGGGGCGAGGAGCCGGGGAGGGACACCGUGAGGAGGCGCAAGCAGGUGGUGUCCAUGAUCCAGCUGGACAGCUCCCCUAUGUUGCACGGGUCCUGUCUGGAUGUCCCGGGAGUGGAGAGGAUUCCUGAGGAGGGGGAGGAGGAGGAGGAUGGGGAGGAGGAGGAGGAGGAGGGGGAGGGGCAGAGUCCCAGUAUAGACACGGCCACCUCUCCAGAGAGUGUGAACGAGAUCGGCAAUGUCCACACGCCCACCAUUCUGGAUAGGUUGAACAAGAUACGCAAUGCAGACAGGCCCACCACUCCAAACCGUGUGAACGAGAACGCCGAUGUCGACACCCCCACCUCUCCAAACCGUGUGAACGAGAUCGGCAAUGUCCACACGCCCACCAUUCUCGACAGGUUGAACAAGAUGCGCAAUGUAGACAAGCUCACCAUUCCAGACAGGGUGAACGACAUCCGCAAUGAAGACAUGCCCAGCUCUCCAGACAAUGUGUGCGAGAUCCGUGACCUCAUCAACCCUAAAGUGGAGGUGAUUGUCCCUGCCUACGUGGAGGACUCCACCCCCUUGAGCAAUGGGGACCUCUCGCAGGACAAGCCAGAGGAUGCAGCACCAAGUUCCAGUGAGGCAGGGUCCACCUGUCACCCCGACGACAGUGGCUUCCAGUCCCUGACCAAUGAGGCCACGGAUGAGGAGGAAGCUCAGCCAAUCGCGGAGGCCUUGAAGGCGGGAGGCGCUGUUGCCGACCCAGAGAGGGUGGUUGUGACAAUGCAGCCUCAGGAUUCCCAAACGGGAGAGGAGAAUUCUGGGAAAAUCUCUGAUUCGGAGCCAGACCUCGUGUUUACUAUUUGAGCAGACAUUUACACGGGCGAAAUUCAGACUGAAAAACUGAGUCAAAACUUUGUUUUAUGCUAAUUAGACCUUUGUGUUCUGCAUUGCCUAAUUAUAAUUUUUUAUGAAACAAUGUUGGUGGUGACCAAGUAUGCAAUUUACUGUCUUACUUUUAUGCAUAACCUGUAUUACCCAAAAUUUUAUUUGCCAAACAUAUAAAAGGCUUUGCCUAGUUUUAACCAACUGCAAAACUAACCAAUUGCAUGCCCAUUUGUAUUCUAGGUAAUACGCUGUGUAUGACCAAAAUUCAGAUGGGUUCCAACUUGAUGUGUUCAUUUUAUGAGGGCUUAUCGUAGAUUAAACAUCCAUUGCUUUCAGUUGGCAACAGAGAAUCAUGAACCAUCACAACAGUGGUAGCUGUGGUUGAACCAAAUGCACAAAUAUGCUGGAUUCUGGUGUAUUCGCCAUGGAACAUGGGGGUGGGACUGCAAAAUAGCCAAAGAGUGCUCAGUCAAUGUUUGUAACGCUUCCUAAAUGGACUCGCUGGCAAGCAGUGUUGACUUCGGUCAGAAAAUAGUCACUACACUCAGUGUGGUGUUACUGUUCUGUGAUGCUGGUAGAGAGACCUGCUGAUGUUAUCAGCCCCAUGAGCCAGGAGUAAACACAUUCGUCACUGUCUUAAAUACCAGCUUACUAUUGACAUUCUAGGAGAAUACCGCAGUUAAAAAUGCUUCGCUCAGUAGAAUUGCAGACUAAAUAUUGUGUGUAGUAUUAAACAAUGUGAUAUUUAUUGUUUUUUUUUUUGUUUUGUUUUUUUCUGCAUUUCAGUUCGGACAUAUUCUUGUCAUGUACAGUUAUGAAGCAGAAUUUCCAGUGCAGAUAUUGUACAUGCAUACGUAUGUCACAUUAUUAUUAUUAUUAUUAUUAUUAUUAUUACAAUUUCUACAAGGUUUUAUCAACACUAGCUGCUGGCUGAAAGAACCAGACUGUGCCAAUCUCUCUGCUGUGUAUUUAUGGUAACAGUUAUUUGUUGUAAGCUGCUGCUUGUCACGGUGAAUUCUGUGAGUACGGAGAGGACGGGAAGAAUGUGUCCCGUCACAAUCUCUGUCAUUACCCACAGCCUGUUAUGUUUUGCGGACUGUCCCGUCAGUUUCUGCUAGCUGUGCGCAGACCUGGAACAGCAUAGGAGUCUGUGUGCUUCCCAGCAGGCCGAGGGGCUCUGGAGAGGCACCCGUGUCAACUUCUGUGAUCGGACUGCCAUUGCAAUGCCGGAACGUUCGACGAUCUCUCUUUUGCGGCUCAGUGUGUCAUCAUGUAGUUUUUUUCCCCAUCCUAUCCCUGAGCUUCCCGAUUGGGAACUACGUCACGUCCUCCGCAUGUGCCUAUUGGCGGGGAGCCAGAGGUGCUGACGGGUUUCCGGGUUACGGUUGUGACGGCAACGCUUGCCUGUGCUUCUGGAACUGUCCGUACUGUUAUUUGUCAAUGUCAUAUAUUUUUGCUGGGUCUUGGCUCUCUUUCAGGUUCAGUAGUGCCCAUUAACUUUUAUAGGCCAGAUUACUGCCCCUACAACGAGUCUAAAAAACCACACCAUCACAGGAGCACAAACUGGGGGUCCUUUCGUGAUUUAAGUGCAUUUUAACACAGAAUCUUUUGUUGAAAUUCAGGUACUGUAGAUCUACUUUAUCUGUCUCACCAUGUUCAUCCCUGAUAUUUAAUAAUCAGCUCUGGUGUUGCACCACUAUGUUAUGACGGUUGUGUAGUGGUAGUUGCAAUGUUACAAAUAAAACGCUAAAGGAA